AUGGCAUCAGCAUCGGCUAGACCGUUUUGUGGCUUGGCAAAGAAUUUCUGGUCAAGGAAUGACCGUCUGCAAAUUCGUACGGUUAUUUCAUCAAGGAAUGGAGAUGAUGAAUUACCUGUUUUCUGUGUAGCAGCCAUUCUUAUUAUGAACCGACAGAAAAUUACUAAAGAAACUCGUUCAAUUGAUGACCUAAUAAAGAUAUUCAAUGAUAAUUUGUUAAAGAUCAGAGUCAAGAGCUGUGUUCAUAGUGCUAUCAAACUGCGAAAGAAGUACAUUUACAAGAUGAUCAAGAGUAGGACUCCAGCUCAGAACAGCAAUUAA